CGCCGCCCGGACCGAGCCGAAUGGCUGCGACCCCCAGCGCCGAGGAAUGUCGGGGGCCGAGCCGCGCUGCCGGCGGAAAGAGGAGGAGAGCGAGAGAGACAGGUGCGGGAAAGCCCCUGCGGGCCGCUGGCAGAAAGCGCCGGGAGCAGGUGAACCAGGGGAACAUGCCUGGAAUCCAGAGCACCUUCCUGGCCAUGGACACGGAGGAGGGCGUAGAGGUGGUGUGGAACGAGUUGCACUUCACAGACAAGAAGGCCUUCAAGGCCCACGAGGAGAAGAUCAAGACCAUGUUUGAGCAGCUGGUGGUUGUGGAUCACCCCAAUAUUGUGAAGUUACAUAAAUAUUGGCUGGAUGUGAAGGACUCCAAGGCCCGGGUGAUCUUCAUCACAGAAUACGUGUCCUCGGGGAGCCUGAAACAGUUCCUGAAGAAAACCAAGAAAAACCACAAGGCCAUGAACGCUCGGGCCUGGAAGCGCUGGUGCACACAGAUCCUCUCCGCUCUCAGCUUCCUGCAUUCCUGCGAUCCACCCAUCAUCCACGGCAACCUGACAAGUGACACCAUCUUCAUCCAGCACAAUGGCCUCAUAAAGAUCGGCUCAGUCUGGCACAGCGGUAUUGCAAAUGCCAUCCCUGACGAUCUCCGAAGCCCCAUCAGGAUUGAGAGAGAGGAGCAGCGCAAUUUGCAUUUCUUCCCCCCGGAGUAUGGCCAUGUAGCUGACGGGACAGCUGUGGACAUUUUCUCCUUUGGAAUGUGCGCCCUGGAGGGCCUGUUACACACAUGGGUGUGAGGUUUCCCUUGGCCA